AUGGAGCAUGUGGGUUCUUCUAGAAAACAUGAGUAUCUUAUUAUUGAUCCAAAUAAGGAUGAUGGUCAUGAGAUUCCUAAUUCAAGUCAUCAAGAAGAGCCUCCUUUGUUUUUGGGAUUCCCUUCACCUUUUUUUGAUGAUAUCGAUACUAUUCCAAUACUCGCAAACAACCAUACCCAUCAACACCAACGCAGCUCCCCAAACAAAUGCUUCAACAUCACUGAACCUACGCCUUCUGAAUCGAAACGUCUAAAGAAAAGAAAUGUUGGUAAGAAAGACAGACACAGCAAGAUACAUACAGCGCAAGGUCUUAGAGACAGGAGAAUGAGGUUGUCACUUCAUAUUGCCCGAAAGUUCUUUGAUCUCCAAGACUUGUUAGGGUUUGAUAAAGCCAGUAAGACCAUUGAAUGGCUUUUUUGCAAGUCCAAUAAAGCUAUCAAAGAAGUCGCUGACAACUUUGAUUCAAAACAUACCAACCAAAGCAUGACUGAAGUUAUCGACAGAAUCGAUUGGCGUGAGUGUGAAAUGGGAUUAAGCAACGAGAUCAAAGUUGCUGCCAACAAACCGAAGAACUAUCAGGAGGUGGAGAUCAAGAACAAGGAAAGGAAACGAACUCAAAAUAAUACUUCUUCUAAGGAUACGAGGGACCAAGCGAGAGCAAGAGCAAGGCAGAGAACAAGAGAGAGACUGAUGAUCAAGGAACUUGAGAAAUCAAAGUUUUUGUUUGAACGAAACCCUAAUGACGAAAUUCACAAAUUAGGGUUAGGGUACAUGGUAAGCUCUGAUAAUCAAAAUAUAGAUAAACUAGGGUACACGUCUAUUGCAUCUGAACCCGUCCAACAACAGUCAUUGAGUCCCUCCGAUUUUUCCAGUCCGCAUCACUUACUUCGAGAACUGCAACUGGCCAAUAUUAAUGAUGAUAUAUUAAAAAGUUAUUCAGGGAGCAUUGUGAGCGAACCUGCUUAUUGUACCACAUUGAUGAACCACAACCCUCCUGCAGGUUGGUUAAAUUCCAGCUUCGGAUUCAUAGGAGUUCCUGGAGAAUACGAUGCUGACAACAUUAUACCUGAGUCCUACAACCAAGCAAUUGUGCCAAUAACUGAUUCUUUGACAGGUGAUCAUAUUAAUUAUGAACAAAACCCUAGCUCAUUCUUUAUGUCAACCACCAACAAUUUCCACCAUUUCCAAACUCAAAACCAAGGCAAGUAA